AUGGAGCGGCGGAUGACAUUAAGUGGCCAUGUUCCGUCUUUGUCUCUCAUUCCGUUGGGGACUUGUCACAACGGCAAAUAUUACAUCGACGGCGAAUGUCUGGGAUCUGAUCCGAUUCUUAUCAACAGCCAGGAUCAGCCCAGUAUUUUGAAUUCGACAAUCAAAUUAUUGGCUGAGCUAACUACACCCCUAGAAUGCCUGGGAAUGGUCGGUGUAGCGACUCGAUCCAAUCAGAGCAGCACGGCAACGCAACAAGUUGUCAUCUACAAACUGACUCAGCUGCUCUGCAAUGCCAAGGAAUCCUUUCUGGAUGGUGGUGGGGCCAUGCUAGCCGUUCUCCGUCGCGUUCGCCACACCCUAAAAAAUGAGCCAUUGUCGAGCGAUGAUAACAUCUCUGUGAAUCAUUCCCUGUUACUCAUUCGCAAUAUCCUGCACGCUCCCGAACGACCAACUCAGAUGGCGGACAAACGACAAGAUCAGCAGGACCAACUUGUGCGGAUUUUAUUGGCCCAGGGACUAAAUCGUCUCCUCAUCAGCUUACUGGCCUGCUCCCAAAAGGACCAAUGGAUGGUGACAGUUUUGCAGCUCAUUUCUCUAUUGUACAAGGAUCGACCCGUUGAAAUUAUUUUACAACUUUUGGAUGAAAACUGCACUCAUCUUGAGCCGGAAUUCUACUUUGACGAACAAAAUCAAUUUGGUUCCAAGAAAUCAGAGAAAAGUUUGAAAAAGCUUAGCAAAUACAAACUUGGACGUCGAGUGGAGAUGAAAGGCAACGUCGUCGAGUACAAACCAACGGAUGAAAGUACUUUGAAUCUCCUGAAAGGAUUUACCAUCAAUUUCAUCCGGCAAGGCUACAACACACUGGUGGGCCAAUUGCAUCAACAGAUGCUGAAACAACAGGGCGACGCCCACCUCCAGCUGCUGGAUAAGUCGCACUUUCUCUGGCUCAUUUCUUAUUUCCUUCCCAUCGCCUCCCGGUUGGAAUUGAGCGUGGAACACUUGAAAGACGUCUUAACUAUUGAUGUCCUGUGUUAUCUGACGUGGGAAGCUGUUUGUCAGACGGAAGAACUAGAAAUUUAUGCGUUUCAACAUUCAACAUUCGAUUUGAAACCGUGCGUGAGGCGCUUGCAUUUGUGCGUGAAAGCAAUUCGUGAAUAUUUGAAAACACUGGAGAGAUUUUCUCGUCCUUCGACGUCUAGAAAUGCAAAUGCACCGAAAAAUUUUAUUACUCGACUGAGCGGUUACGUGCCAGCGAUUCGGGACCUCCGUCAACUCUUUUUGCUCCAACUCCGCCAAUUCGAUCCUGUCGUUCAAAGUCGUCGCUAUCUACUCGACGUCACCAGGUGCUAUCUACUCUAUGUAUUCAGAUAUUCUUAUGUUAUUAUGAAUUAUUUCUUUUUUUUGUACUAUUUUUCUUCACUUUCUCGUUGAGCUCAUUGUACAUACAU